AUGGAGCUCUUAAACUACAGAGAAAGCAACAGUGACUAUUUAAAUGAGUUUUUAGCUCAAAUGAAGGCUGAAUUAAGUGCAAUAGUAGAGGAAAAAUCAUUUUUAUAUGAUUUUGAUUUUCAAGAAGAUAAACCGGUAAAGAAUCCCAAAAGAUACGCCUGGAGUGUAUUGCAAAAAAGUCAAGGAAAUUUUGAAGCCGGCUCAGAAUUUUUUAAUAUAAUUCUGCCAAGAACUGAGCAAGUCUUUUUAUAA